GUUAUUUUGUGGUUCUAAACAUGUGAAUAUGUCUAAAAAGCUUUUCGGAAACUGGGAUUUUGGGUGAGAUAAAUCACUUAUCAACUGACUAUGGAUCCUAACAAGGAUAUGGUUGAUCCACAGAACAUACUCUGGUAUGAUCGGGAUCACUUAUAGAACGUGAUUAGGUUAACCCGAUCAUAGUUUCAGAAAAAAAUCCUGAAAAGUGUGAAACGAUUUUUAUUAUGGCAACAACAAACGCUCUUUAAAAAAAUUUAAUCAAGUGUCAUUUCAAUGUGAUAUCAAUUAAAUACAUUUGAUAAAUCAAUUGAUUCAAUAAUGGAACUACUGUCUUAUAUUGCAAGGGUAAAUCAUGUUCACAUACUUUAUCUUAUAUUUAAAACCAGUAACAGAAAAUGUGAUUUGUAUGUUUUGCGUAGAGGUUACAUAUAAUUGACCGAUUGUGUAACGAUGAUAUUUAAACAAAAUAACCAACCCUAUUAAUAUUCAUGCGUUUGGAUCCAUAGAUAUUGAUGUAUAACUGUCAUGAUUACAUAGGUUACUAUCCAAGGAAAAACUAACUAAUUAGACUACAAGGAGGAUAAGCUUGUGUAAAAAAUUACGAAAAAGGGAAUUUUUUUGAAGCAACAUGGGACUUAGAGAAAAAAUCAACUAUGCCUAUAUUGUGACAUUUUGUGGUAAUCUUCUGGCUCUUACUGGAGACACAACGCUGACAUGGUCUUCACCAAUUUUGCCAAAAUUAAAUUCAAAUGAUUCCAGUGUGAAUCCUUUAGGCAGCCCUAUAACGACCAAUCAAGAAUCUUGGAUAGGAUCAUUACAAUAUAUUGGUGCAAUGGCUGGUAUUUUACCAUUUUCAACUUUGGCAGAUUUAGUGGGAAGAAAACCGGUUCUACUAUUCUUGGCAGUACCGCAUAUAUUUUCCUUUAUGUUUUUUGCUUUCGCCACUGAUAUAAAUUUAUAUUAUGUGGGUCGUUUCUUAGGUGGCGUGUCUCUAUCUUCAGUUUAUAUAGUUCUUCCUAUGUAUGUCGCUGAAAUAGCAGAAGAUUCAUAUAGAGGACUCUUAUUAGUAUCUUACAGUACCUUUGCUAGUUUUGGGGAUUUACUUCCUUAUGUGCUAGGUCCUUAUUUGCCAGUAGGUUGGUUUAAUAUAGUUUUAGCCAUUUUCCCUAUAACCUUUUUCAUCUUUUUCCUACUGAUGGCACCCGAAAGUCCAUAUUAUUUUGUUAAUAAAGAUGAUGAAAGGGCUGAAAGGAUUCUAAGGAGGUUAAGACGAAGAAAAGAAAAUUAUAAAGCUGCUGAUGAAAUUCAAGAAAUUAAGUUGGAAAAAUCUCGAAAUCAACAGGGUGAUAUAUGGAAUACUUUAAGGAAAAAAUAUGUUAUAAAAGGUUUCUUGGUAGCACUAGGUUUAAGUAGUUUUCAACAAUUAUCGGGUUUAGGUGCCAUUCUGGCUUACACUGAACAUAUUUUUCAGUCGGCUGGUACAAACAUACCAGCUGAAAUUUCGGCAAUAAUUGUAGGAUUUGUCCUCUUUUUAGCUAGCUUUGGAGGACCGUUGAUUGUGGAUAAAAAAGGCAGAAAGUUCCUUUUACUAGUUUCAUCAAUAGGCUGCAUUGUUUCACAAGUAAUUUUAGGCCUAUAUUUUUACUUACAAGAUAAUAGCGAUAGUUCCCUAGAAAACUGGGGUUGGAUACCGAUCACUUGUUUAAUUACAUACGUCAUUACAUUCAAUGUUGGAUUCGGCCCAUUACCAUUCACCAUUACUUCAGAAGUAUUACCUUCAAACGUUAAAUUUUACUUAGCUACAGUUACUGGAUUCACUGGGUGGUUAAUGUCGUUUAUAGUUACAAAAUUUUUUAACAACCUGAAUGAAUCAUUGGGUAGAGGAGGUACUUUCUGGUUAUUUGCAGGUUUUUGUUUAUGUGCACUCAUUUUUAUUAUUUUUGUGGUACCUGAGACAAAAGGAAAGAGUUUUCAAGAAAUACAGAUUAUUUUGGAUAGGUGAUAUUAAUUUUUUUAAUUAGAUAAUUGUACUUAAUAUUGAAGUAUUUUUUUGUAUUCAAAUUGUUAACUAUUUUAUAUACACAUAUUUUAUUAAAUGGUUAUAUUUUGCAAUAUAA